GGAAAAAUUUAGCAGAAAUAAAGAAAAACAAUAAACAAUUUAAAUAAAAACAACAAUAUUUCACUUUUCGUUUUUAUUUAAAUCGAAAAAAAUUAAGUUAAGCUAUAUUUAACUGGAUCCUAUUUUAUUAAUUUGCCCCUGCAGUUAUGAGUGAUUGCUGUAAUAGUGAAUUGCGCAGCGAAUCCAUAAACAACAUGUUAAAUAUCAUUGUAGACUCCAAAAUUAUAAGUAUUGAAGUAUUUACAGCAGCUGUGGCGAUACUAUUUGUUGUGGUCCUACUGAAAAACAAAUUCCGGAACUUUUGUGGUACAUGAAUUCUGGCAGCGAUUGAGCGGAGUUGCAGAACAAUAGGACAAAGAAACAUUUGGGACAGGUGUAUUAUGGAGGCUUAAAUAAAUAUUACAUACAUACAUAAGUAUAUACAUACAUACACAUACAAAAAACAUUUUUGUAAAUAUAUAAAUGACUCAACAACCAAAA